AUGGACAUCGACAAGGAGCUCGUUCAGGUCGACGAGUUGCACAUUGGACUCGAUCGCUCACACAUUACCUAUGAAGGUCAAAUCGAGAUAAGCGGAAGUCGCUCCGAAAGCAGCAAUGACGACACACCUCACCCACGCGACCCAUCACCUGUAUCAUCUACUACUAGGAUAGUCAACAAGGUUCGGCAGAAGAAACACACUGCCGGUGUGAAGAUCAGGAAGACUUUGCAUAUCGCAAAAGCCGAAGAUGAGAUCGAAGAGCCUGAUCCAGAUGCUGUGGUACUUGUCGAUACGACGGAGGUGAAGCAGUCCAAGUCACGUCUUGACCACAAGUCUACGGCGGCAGAGAAGCACACACUUAAGGACCUUUUGCAUAACCCUAUCGAUACGGUCAAGUCUAAGGGAUGGAAUCAAGGAAACCAAGAGGUUGCAGCGAACAUAGCUGUAAGCGAAGUUCCUCAUGGCCAGGAAGUAGAUUUGGUCAAUGCAGCGACUAUAUUGGACCAGGCUGCAACUAAGGACGAGAAGGCGCAAGCCCAGCAAAGUCUCGCUGAGAUGCUUGACCAACGACAAAGCACUUAUGUGCGAUGGUCACUCGACCGACAUGUGACGAAGAUUAGAAUCAUUCCACGAGACACUGCCGUCCUCAAGCCCAGAAAGGAUUUCGAGAAGAAAGAUGACGCGGGCCGUACUGUCACUGACUGGAAAGCAUAUAGCUCGCACUUACUGGACUACUACGCUCAUCGAUAUGGUGGCCAGUACAUAGGCUACGGAUCCGACCCGCCAACUCCCAGCAAAGAAACCAUCAUGCCGAACAUCGAGCGCCUGAUCGUUGCAACAUCGCCUUUCCAGGAGUUCAUCAUGACUACCCGUCGCGUAUAUCGCUGGGAGUAUCCACUCGAGACAACGAAAUACCUAGCGAUCUACCUCAUACUCUGGUACUUCAAUCUGCUAUUACCCGGUGUCAUGACAGCGUUGCUGUAUCUGGUUGGCGAGCGACGCUGGAAUGCUCCGUCCAUGGAAGACCUUCGCGAAGACAUCAAACACAGGGAAGAUGUGGAGAGAACAGCCUUAUCACUGACCGAGUUCAUUGAGAAACAAGGUGACGAGAACUGGGCACACGACCUUCUCCAAGAUCUGGGACCUUGGCUAAUCGUCCAACUAGCCGAUUUGGCUAACUUCUUCGAGAGUGUUCGCAACUUUUACGAGUGGCGAAAACCGACACGUACACUGACUGUCAUCAUCAUUCUGGCUCUUGCAAUUGUCGCCACGGUCUUCACGCCACUUUGGCUGCUCAUCAAGAUGUCCACCUUCUCCGCCGGCUUCACAUUCUUCUGCCUCUUUCCCGUCUCGGUUAAUUUCCCGAACUACCGUCUUCUCGUCUCGCCCUCGAAACGGUUGCUCUGGAACAUUCCAACGCACGCCGAGUGGGCGAUCCAGUACAUACAAGCCGAAGGCCUCCGUGUAGUCACCGAGAAGCAGAACACCAUUGACAAAGCAGCCGAACUGGCAACUACGGCUAGUUCCUCUACUCCCGUCUCACCGGUAAACCAAGACUUUGCAUCCUACCCCUCCCACUACGAGAAAACACCAGGCCAUCUCAUCAUCAACGCUACAGGAGUGCGCUUUGUCGCAAAACGUCCCCCACAUGAUGUCCGCUUCUCGCUGCCAUAUGUACAGAUCCACCAUCUGGAGAAGCAAGACCGAUAUCAGGAGAGAAUGAUCAAGGUUCUCAAGGAGUGUGAUAGGGAUCUGCGUUUUCUGAAUCGGGAAGGCGAUGAAUGGAUCUUGCAUGAAGUCGAGAAGAGAGAUGAGGCGUUUAGUCAGAUUGUUGGGUUUAGUCGGACGACAUGGCAGGUACUUUGGUAG